CCAGAAACACGCGCGCGUGCGCGCGCGAGCGGGCAACUAGGAUGUCCGCCGCGAUGGGCCGUUCUUUUCCCGGUGUCCAGGCUCAGGCCCAGCCGCCUCCGCCCGAAGCGUGGCCGCCCCUGGGCCCCGAGGAGGAGCUCUAUGACUGUCCGGAUUACUACUACCUGCGCGACUUCCCGGCCUGCGGGGCCGGGCGCACCAAGGGCCGGACGCGGCGCGAGCGGGAACUGCGCACUAACUGGCUGGUGCCCGGCGGCCACGAGCGCAAGAUCGCGCAGAAGCUCUUCAACGGCCAGCGCCAGCGCCGCCAGCGCCAGCUGCAGCCCCGGCCGCGCACCCGUCUCGCCUGAGCGCUGGAUACCCAUACCCGAAGCAGCUGAUAAAAGUAUUUUCUCUGACACCAGCUGUAACUGUGGUCCUAAGGGGAGUGGUCCAUGAUGGUCAACAGAACUUUUCGACAGCGCUUAAGUGUACUGCUUCAGUAUCUUUUACUUACCAACUGUUAACAUCCAAGUGGGUACGCCUGUUCAGGGUUUUUAAUUAAAAGAGAGCAGCAAGAAUGG